UUUUCUUUUCUCCACAGUCUGGGGACCAUGAACAAGUCAGGGAUAUCUACAGUGACUCACUUUGUCCUGUUGGGCUUUGCUGGCCCCUGGAAUGUACAGAUCAUCCUUUUCUCAAUCAUUUUGUUUGUCUACACAUUAACUCUGACUGGGAACAUGGCUAUCAUCUGUGCAGUGAGAUGGGACCGCCGACUCCACACUCCUAUGUAUGUGCUCCUGGCCAACUUCUCCUUCCUAGAAAUCUGGUAUGUGACAUGCACAGUCCCCAACAUGCUGGGCAACUUUCUUUCCCAAACUAAGACAAUAUCCUUCACUGGCUGCUUCAUUCAAUUUUACUUCUUCUUUUCCUUGGGCACGACAGAAUCUAUCUUCCUCUCUGUCAUGGCUUAUGAUCGCUACCUGGCCAUCUGCCAUCCACUGCACUACCCCUCAAUCAUGACCAGCCAGCUCUGUAGUAUCUUAGUGUGUCUUUGUUGGCUUGUUGGUUUCCUUGGAUACACAAUCCCGAUUUUCUUUAUUUCUCAACUACCUUUCUGUGGUCCCAACAUCAUUGACCACUUUCUGUGUGAUGUGGACCCACUGAUGGCAUUGUCUUGUGCUCCUGCACCCAUCAUAAAAAAUGUAUUCUAUUCUUUGAGCUCUGCGUUCAUCAUUAUCACUAGUUUGUUCAUCCUUGGAUCUUAUGUUCUGGUGCUCAGAGCUGUGCUUCAGGUUCCUUCUUCAGCAGGACGGCAAAAGGCCUUCUCCACCUGUGGAUCACACUUGGUUGUGGUGUCUCUCUUCUACGGAUCCAUAAUGGUGAUGUACAUUAGUCCGACAUCUGGCAACUCAGUUGCUAUGCAUAAGAUCAUCACACUGAUGUACUCCGUGGUGACCCCAGCCUUAAACCCUUUCAUCUACAGCCUCCGCAACAAGGACAUGAAAUUUGCCCUCUGCCACAUUUUCUGUAGAGUGGAAAUUACCAAAAUCUCAUGA